CAACAGCUUAACAUAACAGACAGAACAGCCCUCACUAACACAACAAAAGUAGAACAUACAGAGAAGAGGAAUAAGGAGAACAGGAAAGAACCCAACACACCGAAAAAUAAUAGUUGCUAAGCCCAUUUCAAAUACUACAACAGUAACAACUAACAAGUGGCAAAACGAACAGCGUCCGACUUUACAGGCGUCAUUACCUGAUUGAACCCUAAAACUUCAGAAUAACAACCGACACACUGAAAAAUGUCAAAAACCUAGGAACUUCAAAAUCAAUCCACCAAAGUGAUGAUGGAUUGGAGGAAGUUGAGCUCAUACGCAAAAUCGAAGUGGAUAUCCACGGUGGCGAGCACAUGGAUUCAGUGCAGCAGCGGAUCACUCUACACUUUCUCAAUCUAUUCCCAAACCCUAAAGUCAACGCUGCACUACGAUCAGUCAACUCUCACCACUGUGUCCGUCUGGAAGGACGUAGGGAUCAACGCCGGUGUCCUUUGCGGCCUUCUCUACGACUUCGCUGCGCGCCGAACAGCUAACGGGCCCUGGCUGAUCCACUUAUUGGGCUCGGCCCAAUGCUUCUUGGGCUAUUUCCUCAUGUGGGCAGCGGUUGCGGGCGUUAUCGCGCCGGUGCCCGUGCCUGUCAUGUGCCUAUUCAUGUACGUGACAGCCCAGGCUCAGGGCUACUUCAACACUUCCAAUGUUGUCACCGGCGUCCACAACUUCCCUGACUAUAGGGGAACCAUUGUGGGCAUCAUGAAGGGAUUUCUUGGUCUCAGUGGAGCAAUACUAGUUCAAGUGUAUAGGACAAUAUUCAACAACAAGCCUAAAGCAUAUCUUCUGAUGCUAGCUCUCUUGCCGCCGAUAAAUACUUUGCUGCUUAUGUGGUUUGUAAGAAUCCACAACACCCGAGAGGGCGACGAAAGGAAAUAUCUAAACAUGUUUUCUUCCAUGGCUGUGGUUGUCGCUGCAUAUCUAAUGACUGUUAUAAUCCUGGAGAACAUCCUUAGAGUGCCAUUAAUUAUCCACGUGCUCAUGCUGAUUUUGCUCAUUGUGUUGCUAGCCUCACUUCUUUGUAUUGCAAUUCAAGCACAUGAGGAGACCCUUGCCAAUACCUCGGAAAAUUUUCAUGAUGAGAGAUCCCAACUAAUUGUGGAGCAAGUGUCCUCAGAAUCAGAUACUAACAAACAGAGGACUCUGCAACUGGGAGGAAACUUGAACCUUUUGCAAGCAGCACAAACUCUAAACUUUUGGAUUUUGUUUUUGUCUGUGGCAUGUGCCAUGGGAUCAGGACUUGCAACUAUUAAUAAUAUCAGCCAAAUAGGGGAAUCCCUCGGUUACACCGUGCGCGAGACAGAUUCCUUAGUUUCAUUGUGGAGCAUUUGGAACUUCGCUGGGCGUUUCGGAGGUGGUUAUAUCUCGGAUCACUUCUUACACACAAGAGGAUGGGCAAGACCUUUGUUUAUGGUCAUCACCUUAAUGGUCAUGAGCAUUGGCCAUUUGAUUAUUGCUUCUGGAUUGCAGGGUGCUCUAUAUGUUGGUUCAGUUUUGGUGGGUAUCUGUUAUGGCUCUCAGUGGUCAAUAAUGCCCACAAUCGCUUCUGAGAUAUUUGGUGUGGGAAAUAUGGGUAGCAUAUAUAACACCAUUACAAUAGCAAGUCCUGUGGGAUCUUACAUAUUUUCAGUGAGAGUUGUUGGGUAUAUAUAUGACAAAGAAGCAUCAGAGGGAAACAUUUGCAUUGGAACUCAUUGUUUCAUGUUGUCUUUCCUUAUAAUGGCAUCUGCCACUGUUUUGGGUUCUCUGGCAGCUCUUGGUUUGUUUUUCCGGACAAGAAACUUCUAUGGUCAGGUUGCACAUAGAAGAAUUCAGAACAUCCUGUAAUGGUGUGAAGAGAAUCAGGGAGCUGUACAUAUAUUAUGUCCAUUCCAUAUAUACUUCGUACUCCUCAAAUUAAAUCUCUCUCUUUUUUAUUCAUUGAAAAUUAUUAUAUUUUGAUAUAAAUGUAUUCAGAUACAUCAACUUUUUAAUAAAUCUAGAAAUACAGAGAGAGAGAGGAGAUUGUUAAUUUUUAAUCAAUGGUGAGCUAUAAUUUCUGUAUAUUUAGGCUAUUACUUUGUAUAA